AGGGGACGGCGGCGACCCCGCCCCUCAGGCCGCUCCCCCUUCGUCUCCCUCUCGGGAGGGGGUCACAGUGUCGGCUCCCUACGCGCGCGCCCCGCGAUGGGGACCGAGCUCCGGCAGGCGGGGGGAGGGGCCGCUGUCACGACGCUGAGUGAUCUAGCGGAUGUCUGAAAGUUGACUUGAGCAUAAGCAGUGAGAUGUUUUGCCAUUUGGGGGCUGUGAGGAGGUUGUGUCUGGAGAAAAUAUUGCUACAGUGGGUUCUUCAGACAAGACCUUUGUCAGGUGCUGAAGCCGUCAAUGCUCUCAGACCUUUCUAUUUUGCUGUGCAUCCAGAUUUCUUUGGCCAGCAUCCCAGAGAAAGGGAAAUCAAUGAAAACUCUCUUAAGAGGUUAAAUGGCUAUUUGGAGAAUCUCCAGAAACCAGGAUUUAAGUCUUUUAAGCCAACUCAACUCACUUUUUAUGUGAGAGAUACAGAACAAAACUCUUCUGAUGUCCAAGAAUCCUUCAGUGCUGCAGGUUUUCGAGCCGUCAGUUUUACUUUGCACACCAGGGACUUAUUAAGCACAGUAUUGGACAUUCUCAACUCCUGCAGCUUAUCUACUGAGCAUGUCCAAAGUGUGAACUCUCAGCCUCACAAAGAAGUAAAAGGGACGUUUUACAGGCCUAUCAAAUGGGACAAGACUUACUACUCAUUUACUGGAUUCAAGGAUCCUGAGGAAGAACUAGAACAAGCCCAGAGGGUGGAAAUUACUCUAAUCUCCUGGUUAGAUAAUAGUGAAAAAAGUGCAAUAAAGAAGCUGAGAAAGAGCUUACCACUUAGGGAAGAACUAAUCCGUUUAAAAGAUGAACUCACUCAUCAGCUACAGCUCUCUGAUAUCAGGUGGCAAAGAAGCUGGGGUAUUGCCCAUCGUUGUAGCCAGCUACACAGUCUAGGUCGUUUAGCUCAGCAGAGCCCAGAAGUAUUAAGGAAUCUUAAAGGACACACAGUAGUAUUCACGGACUGUUCAGGUAUGAGUGCAACAGGCCAUGUCAUGCUAGGCACAAUGGAUGUUCACCACCACUGGAUCAAAAUUUUUGAGAGAUUGCCUAGCUAUUAUAAACUUCAAAAGAAGAUGCUGCUUUUGGAGGACCGUAUAAGUCAUCUUCUAGGAGGCAUACAAAUAACAUACAUUGAAGAGAUGCAACCACUGUUAACUCUUGAAGAAUAUUACACCACUCUUGAUGCUUUCUAUAAUAGAUUGCUUAACAGUAAACUAUCUUUUCACCCUCGUAGUCUGCGUGGCUUGCAAAUGAUUCUAGAGAGUGAUAGGUAUGCUCCAAACUUGCAUGAACUUGGGCAUUUUAACAUCCCAACAAUGUGUGAUCUAGCAACCCUUCAGUGGUUUAUUAUUACCAAAGCACAGCAAGCAAGAGAGAAUCUGAAAAGAAAGGAAGAGUUGACAGUGAUGGAAAAAGAGCUAAUCAGUGCUUCCACUGAAAAAUUUUCUCUGAAACAGCUGUAUAAGGAACCAAGUAUUUCCCAUGCACAGAUGAUAGAUUGUUGUAAGCGACUGCUGGAAGAAUCGCUCCCAUACCUGCAAGGCAUGCACCUCUGCAUUUCACACUUUUACUCAGUGUUGCAAGAUGGAGACCUCUGUAUCCCUUGGAACUGGAAAAGCUGAGGCCUGUCUAAUAAUCAGAGGAACUGUCUAUUUUUUUCUGAGGCUAUAAACAUGAAUUAUUUUCUUUUAGAGUAAAUUAUUUAAACGUGUAUUUUGAUAUCCAUAUUCUAACUAAUCCAAGAAUUUCUUUUUAAUUGCUGCUCAGAAAGUAGAACUUCAGUUCUAAACAGCUUGCUGAAUAAUGUACAUUAUUGCCUGUCCAUGCGUAAACAUUCUGUACAGUUUCCAUACUCCUUUACAAGUCCCAUCAAAGGGAAGGGGUAAUGAAAGGGCAUUUUUGAUAGUUAAACAAAACUUUUGAAUUGGAUUUGAAGGUUACAAAAAGGGUUUUGGUUUGUUUUUCAUAUACAUGAAUAUUCCAGGAUGGAUUUUGUUAAGUUCAUAGAAAUUGUACCUCUAAAGCCAAGCACUAUGUACUAUCUAAAGUAGGUAAUUAACUGGAUUCAAAAAUUAAGAAAUAUCUUGUCAAAGUAGUUUUAGGGGCGGCAAAGGCAGUAGAAGUAAUUCUAGAGUCCUUCAUAUAUCAUUCAUUAUCUGGUUCCAAUACUGUAGUUACAUAUUGCUGUAUAUCUUACUGUAUAAGAAAUAUAGAAGGAAAAAUCCAUCAGUGUUUUUAUUAUGCAGAUAGGAACAGUACUUUGAACAUUUGUUUAAGAGGAGUUUAUUUUAAAUGUCAAUCCAAUAUCUGCCCAUUGGAGUAGGUGUUUACACUUUCAAAAUUACAUCCUCUUGGUAAAUAUAUCUCCAAUCUACAUUAUUGUUACCAUAAUUUGUUACUGGAGUAUAAGAUGCAUCAAUUGUUUUUAAGUACACUGUAGCUGCGGGCAUGAUUGUGAAACUUUUACUCACACUGGUGAGCACUGAUCUGCAUGACUAGUCCCGAUGAAGUCUAGGGAUGGUCAUGCAAAUCAUUGCUCACCAGUGUGAGUAAGAGUUUCAAUCAGCCCUGAGGAUCAGACAUACUGAAUUUUAUUUAAACUUGAUAACUCUAUCGUAAGAUAAGGAUUGAGGGCUUAUUUUCCAAGUAAAUGUUAGACACAUUAAAAAGCUGCUGUUUCACUGUAUUUCACACUAGAAUACACACCGUGUUUGAGUUCUAAAUCUUGCAAAAUCAUCUGAAAGGAACUAGCCAGUUAACAUUUUUUGGACUUGGAUUCAUCUUUCAGAACUGGCAAAAAUACUGUAAAAUAAAUAUGUAUAAAUUAUGUAUAUUAUUUGUGUUAUUAAGAUUGCCCACCAUCUCCCAUUAUAAGAUCGUGUUUUCACUUGCUUAUAACUUUGCUGUACUUUAACAAUUUAGGCCGAAAUUUUCGAUGUUAGGUAUCUGCCUUAGGCUGAAUUUUUUGGAAAACUUCAACUGAAAUAGUUCAUCAUUUCAGAGAAUGAGUCAAAGGGAAAAAUAUUGUUUAGCCCAUGUUAAAUAUUUCUUGCUCUUCUUUGAACUGCUUCAGCACCCCUGUGCUUUGGAGCAAGAGGGUUGAUUUGUGUGACAGGGAUGUGACUUUUGUCGUCCCCAUGAAAAUCCACCUGAAUUUGGCCAAGUUUUAAGCCUUUGAAGAAUUGCAUUUCGCACAUGCACAGUAGAGCCUUGCUAGAGCUUACCUGCUAAAACUUCUAAAGAUUCCAUCCUCACUGAGUGUGCUCCAGCCCCUUAUGGCUCCUGUGUGUGACAGGACUGUGCCUGCACCAGCCCCACAGAACAGCUGAAUAUGCUACAGCCCAGGAUUACGAGGGCUCAGAAUUUCCUUGUAAUAGCUGUUUCAGAGUGGUACCGGAACUGAUCAGGGAGCCUGUCUCUCCUUUGCUCUCAAUAUUACCCCUGUCUGAAGUCCACACCAAGGCAGUAUGGACGAUGUAGCCAGUUGAUUUGAAGGUAGAGGGAACAAAAGCUGGACCCGAGCGGAGAGAAAGGAGUAGGCUGGGACAAGGAGUCUUCUGAGAGUGAGACGGGAAGUAACUGACUAGAAGCUGAUUGGUAGGGAGAGACCGGGCAAGAAGGAGACUGGGACUGGGAGUCAGUUUGCUGGGAGGGGAAGAUGAGGAACGAAGAUGAGGCAGGGACAAGGAACCAGUGUGGCAGGGCACCUCGGAGGAGACACAUCUGUCAAGGAGUUGGCUGGGUGAAGAGAAGAGACAAGGAGUCUAGGUGGGAGAAGGGGACCGAGAUUGGAUGAGGAGCCCAGGAAGGGAGAUUGAAACUAGGAGCUAGUGUGGAGAGGGGAGAGACCAAUCAAAAGCUAGGUGUGGAGAGACAGGGCCUGGCUGGGCAAGGAGUUUGGGGUAGGGAGUGGGGAAUGGGGACUAGCUGAGCGAGGAGACUGGGACUGGGUGUGGGGAGGGAAAGAGAUGGGGAGCCAGGGAACAGAGGGGAUGGGGACAGCAUGCCCAGGGGGAAAGACAGACUGGCUGGGCAAGGAGACUGAGAUGCGAAGACUAAGGAAUGGACGCUGGGAGUGGCCAGGUGAGGAGAAUGGGAUUGACACAAGGAGCCAGGGCUGGGGAAGAGACAGGACCAGGACAAGUUGGAGGGAAAGGGAUGGGACAGAAGGGGUCAGGCUUGGGGGAAAUGGGAAGGAGUGUCUGUGCCCACUGGAGCUUGGGUUCUAUUCCAGACUCCCCAUUCAGAGUCUAGAAUAGAACUCAAGAUUGCAGAGUCUCACCGUUCCUUUGCUGUCAGCAAACAUCUGUGAAACCCUUGUCAUAGUGUGUGUCCCAUCCUCCACUUGCACUGGUCCACGUAGAGGAUGACUGCCUACUCCUGCUAUCCGUUACUCUAUUGGCUCAAAUGGGAGAGGUCUGUGUGGUGAAUCUAAAGGUUUCAACCCCGUUGGUGACCCAUGUGGGUGUCAAUAUGAUGUCACAUUAUGGAAUUUGUUUUUUCAGUUUCUUUAAAAAAAGCAACUAGGAAAUAGCACACAAACUAUGUUGAAAAUUCAAUAUUAAGGUUGCAGAAUUAAGCACUCAAGAGUUAGGAAAUAGCAGAAUGUAGAUUGCCUAACACAACCCUCAGCAUUCUUCACAUCUAUUUUUGUGUGUGGCAUGAGAAAAAAGGGUAGUGAUCAAUAACUACUACUAAUCAUAAUAAAAAUCCAAAGCCAGUUAUAUUUUCGAGUAUUCGUUGAUUUCAUAUUUAAUAAUCAGAUUGGCUGAGACUUGAGACUUUUUCUUCUCUUUUGUUUUGACUACUUAAAAUCAAAUAUUUGAAGGAAAGGUGGGUAACAAUUCUUGAAUCUCAACCAGUGAUCAAAGAUUUGAGAGGUGGGCCGUCCAUUAUCACACCAGGACAUUCCAGAUCAUGUCAUUCAGACUUCAAGAAGUAGUUUAGUCUUUACCAUUGCUUCAGAAAGGACAUUGAAAAGACAAUCUUCUGUUUCAGCAUCAUGUUAAUCUUUACAAACUGAUAAACAUUUAAUUUUUAAAGAAUAAUUCCAACAAUAAUUCCAAUCCUAUGUAUAACUGUGGCUGUAUGAUAUUCAUGCUUUGGCAAACAGGAGCAUUAAUUUUGGUAAUUAUAUGUCUAGCAUUUUAAAGCACUUGAAACUAUUAUUCUGGUGGUGUGAUAUGUGAAGACAUUCCCCAGUAUCCAAAACAUUCUCCCCACAUAUUUACUCACUAUGCCUCUUUCACUUCUAGCGCUGUAUAUGAAAACUGUGAAACCAUUGCCCAUCUUGUCAUUGUACUUUUGACUUUUACAUACUAUGAUCUACUCUCAGGAACUAACAGUUUUUUGUACCCACUUACGAUUUAGAAGGUGUUGAAGUGUCAAUUUUGAAUCUCAGGGCUUGUCCACAUGGCUAUAGUGUACAGUAAGCUGGGGUGGGAAUGUACCGCUCGCUAGCCUGUGUGCUAAUUGGCCUUGUGGACCUUGCUACUGCACACUAAAAGUUCCAUACUUUUAAUGCACAGUAACCGAGUCCACACAGCCAGUUAAUGCGCAGCAGGCUAGUGCACUCUGCAUUCGGCACCCUGGCGUGCUGGUAAGUAGCUGUGUAGACAAGCCUAUAUUAGAUGUGUGUGGAUGGGAUAGAAAAGGAAAAUUCUCCCAUAGAGGACAAGUGGCUGAUUAACAAUGUAAGUGGAUUAAUAAUUCAUCAUAACUUUUUCUUGUAGAAAGUAAAUUAGGUAUAUAGCCUAAAUUGUGUUCACUGUAGCUGAAAUAACCUGUUCCUCUUAUGAGGAAAAAGUGAAACUAAAGCCUGUUAAUUAAAACUUUUGUCAUUCUCCUAAUAUGCAAGCGUUUGUCCACAAAGAGGAUAUUUGUAUGAUUUCAUGGAUAUAUGUAUAUUUAUACAUGGUGUGAAUUGUAAAUGUAUAUAGUAGUGAAUUUGUCUCGAUUUUUUUCUUGAUAAAUGUGCACUUUUGGUGAUGCUACAGGCCGUCAUAUCUGACCCAAUUGGUAAGGAAAAAGUUUAAUUAUGGCAAAAAGUUUAAUAUAAAUUUAGAAAGAUACAAAUUCAGUCUAUCCCUGCAUAAGCUGAAUAGUUGAAUAUUACAGAGAGGACUCGGUUUAGUUCUUCCAAGAUUGAGAUUAAAAACUGGGACUCGGUCUUCUCAGAGAUUCCAAGAGCAGAAGGGGCCAUUGUGAUCAUCUAAUCUGAUCUCCUGUAGGCCAUAGAACUUCUCCAAAAUAAUUUCUAGAGCAGAUCUUUUAGAAAAACAUCCAUUCUUGAUUUUAAAAUUGCUAGUGACGGAAAAAUCCACCACACCCCGAGGAAAUUGUUCCAAUGGUUAAUUACCCUCACUGUUAAAAAUUUGUCUUAUUUCCAGCAGGGGUGAUGGACUCUUUCUAAAAGGUGGGGAAGGGGUUUCUGCCCCAGCAGAGCCGGGCCGGAGAGCCCGUGGCCCUCCACCUACCUGGGAUGGGGGAGUGCGAGAGCAGUCUCCAGCUCUUGUCCCAGCUCUCCACCCAGGGCAGGUGGAAGGUUUGCAGCUCCCUACAGUUGCCCGCAUGGCUCUUACCCUGACCCAGCUUGGCGUGGGGGCGGGGCCUCAGGGGCCAAAGAGCUGCAGCUGGGCUAUGGUAAGAGCUGUCUUGGCCCUGGGUGGGGGACCCGGAGGGCAGGGACAUGGGCCGGGGGCUGCUCUCAGGCCCCCCCAGCCUGGGCUGGUCGAGUAUCUGCGGCUCCCCAUAGCUGCCCAGGCUCCCCGAGCUGAUCUCCAGCUUUCAACCUGGCCAGGGGAUGGGCCUCAGGGGGAAGAGGAGGGGCAGGGGGCCAGGCCCAUGGCCAGAAGUGGACAGGACAGGCCCAUCUGCCCACCCUGUUCCAGCACCCCUGAUUUCCCGUCUGUUUUUGUCUAUCUCCAGCUCCCAGCCAUUGGAUCAUGUUAUACCUCUUGUCUACUAGAUUGAAGAGCCCAUUACCAAAUAUCUGUUCCCCAUUUGGGUGCUUACAGACUGUAAUCAAGUCAUCCUUUAACCUUCUCUUGGGUAAGCUAAAUAGCUUGAGCUCCUCUAGUCUAUCAUUCUAUAAGGCAUGCUUUCUAAUCCUUUAAUCAUUCUCAGGGCUCUUCUCUGAACUCCCUCCAAUGUAUUAAUGGACACCAGAACUGGUCACAGUAUUCCAGCAGUGGUUGCACAAAUGCCAAAUACAAAGGUAAAAUAACCUCUCUACUCCUAGUCAAGAGUCCCAUGUUUAUGCAUCCAAGUAUUACAUUAGCUCUUUUUGCCAUAGCAUCACACUGAGAGCUCAUAUUCGGCUGAAUCCACCACAACCCCAAAAUCUUUUUCAGAGUCCUUGUUUCCCAGGACGGAGUCCCCAUCCUAGAAGUAUGGCCUAUAUUCUUUGUUCCUAAAUGUAUACAUUUGCAUUUAACCAUAUUAUAUGGAUACUGUUUGCUUGUGCCUACCUUACCACGCUCUCUCUGUGACCUGUCCUCUUCAUUAUUUAUCAUGCCCCCAAUUUUUGUGUCCUCUGCAAGUUUUGUCAGUGAUUUUUUUUUUUGUUCUUAAUAAAAAUGUUAAAUUGCAUAGGGACAAGAAUUGAUCCCUGUGGUACCCAAAAGAUUUCUGCAGAAAGCUUUUUUUUGUUUUGUUUUGUUAAAAAGACACAGUUGUAAAGAGCAUAUCCUUUCCUGAACUAACAGAGAAAUGCUCUUGUCAUGCAGUUGUGUUUACAGAUGUGUAUUCCUGAUGUGAUUGUUUAAAUAACAAAUAAAUAAUUUUGUGCUCAAUUUUA